CCGUUUUGACUAGCCGGCUUUUCCUGUCCUGUCAAACUUACAGGGCUCGCUACUUCAGUUAGUUUCUGUCUCGGAAAUGAAAUGGAAAAGGACUGAACUUCUUUCAGGAAUUGCUGCCAAUCGCUGCGUUCUCCCGCGCUCCUUUUUGCGUUGAAGCGGACGUAGUCACCACCCUAGAAAAUAUGUUCAGCAUUUAUCCAACCAUCCGUGUAUCCAUCCAUCCAAGGUGAGCAAGUCAAACCGUUUACACCAGAAGAAGCUAAAGAAAUUGUAAUGACUCUUCAAAAACCAGUGGUCUUUAGCAACAUGACCUUCGAUUGGCCGGUACUUCGUUGGAAUGUUACACAUCUGGCUAGUCUAUUGGCUGGAAAGAAAAUAGUUUUUAGAAUAGGAAGGAAGGACACAGCUACGGCUCCUCUCUUCGAAACGGAGUGUGCGUAUGCAGAGGCUACGCUCGAUGAUUUUCUGGCCUGGAGUGGAAGACAGCAACCUUGUCCUUCUGGACCAUUCAGUCGUUAUGAUUUGUGUAAAUACUGGAUGUAUGCUGACUAUAAGUACAUCGAUAGGCUAUUUGAAGACAAGCCAGAACAUUUUCAGGACAUUAAAUGGUCUGACUUUGGAUUUCCUGGAAGAAGUGGAAAGGAGAGCACUCUAUGGAUUGGCUCCACUGGAGCAAACACACCCUGUCAUUUGGAUUCCUAUGGUUGCAACUUGGUGCUGCAGGUGCAAGGCAGGAAAAGGUGGCAUCUGUAUCCACCUGAAGACUCCAGGCUACUUUACCCUACCAGAAUUCCCUAUGAAGAAUCUAGUGUAUUCAGCAAAGUCAAUGUGCUUAAUCCAAAUCUGAGGCAGUAUCCAUUGUUCAAAAAAGCACAAGCUCAUGUGGUUACACUUGUUCCUGGCCAGGUCUUGUUGGUUCCUAGACACUGGUGGCAUUAUGUUGAGUCCAUUGACCCCAUCACUGUUAGCGUUAAUUCUUGGAUUGAACUGGAUGCAGAUCAUGAAGUCCGCAUAGAAGAGGCAAUAACUCGAACAAUGAUAUGUGCAAUCAAGUCUGCAGAAAAUCCCAGUGACACAGAUUCUUGGCUCAACCCCACAGAGGUUGAAGUAACCUCCCAUAACACCAAUCUUGAGUAUUUAAAUAAAGCCAUGUCUUCCUAUUUAGAGCAUCAGAAGACAAGUGUAAUUAAGCACCAGGUCCCUCAAAUGCACAGUACCGAUGGAAUUCUUCAAGAGUCUUACAAGAGGAGGAAAGUACAGAUCAAUACAGAAUCUGAGUGCAUAAAAUCUGAACCCUGUGACUCUAGCAGAACAGUAAUUGAAAUAGAAAAGCUGACAACAAUUCCCUUUGGACAGAGCCUUUUUCAGGUUUUACCACAGUCCCAGGAAACUUAUCCAACUGGAGUAGCUGAAUGUGACAAUAAAGACCUUGUCAGUGAAAGCGAGAGACAUUUUGGAAAAUUACAUCCUGCUGGGAAGACAUCUGCAAUGACUACUGAUUCUGGAACCCUCGUGGAGGAUCUAGAAUGCAUGACCACCUUCCCACAAACUCUCAUUUCUACAAAUGAUUUGCUAGAUUGUGCACUGAACCCACAAGUCGUGAGUUUAAUAGCUCGUCUUUUAUUGGAGAAAGUGAAUGUUUUGAAUCCAUUGAAAUAAUAAUAAUCAUAAUAAUAAUAACAACAACAACAAUGACUAAGUGUACUCUGGAAGGUCCUGAACUUUUGGAGAACUAAAAAUAAGAAUUGAAAUGCAUUUUAAAAAGUACAAAUGUAGACUUCCAAAUAGUAUAAUGGUUAAGCCUGUAAUAGGUAAUACGGGGCAGAUAAUACAGUAGGAGCAUAAUGGUAUUAUACACAGUAGCAGUAAUCAUAAUAAAUAUUUCACCUAAAGGUUUAUAGGCUUUCAUAAUACUGUACCAUCUUGGGAACUUUUGAAUAGAUCUGUUAGGUUAAUGACAUUAUUGUUCUGACACGUUAGACGUGGCUCCUGAACCAGAGAGAGAGAUUAGUUUAUCUAAAGCCAGUAAUCCAAUAGGUGAUAUUAAAAAAGUAUUUCCAAUCAGAAGCUCAUGUUCUUACAAAAUUAACUCAAAAGAAGUGGGGGAAAGUUACAAUAUGUCUACCUUUCAGGGAUUAAGUAUUUUUCCUCCAGCCAUUUAAUUCCUAAAUGGCAAAUGGACUCUAGUCUCCCCAAAUCUGUUUUUAUCAUAAAUGCAUUUAAUCUUUGCCAUAUAUAGUAUGUCAUUCAUUAUUUUCCAUCUAGUCCAUGCAGAAGGAAUGAACCUGGAUGGGUAAACAUUAGUAAUAAAUAUUACCACAUGCAAGGAUGUGUUGUUAGAUCAAGGUUCUUGAUUACUGUGCAAUGGUUUUCCAUGGAAGUAAUUCCCCAAACAUACUUGCUUGUUGACAAAAUUCCUUAAGCAAAGCUGUCCUUUGUUAAAGAUGGACACUUCAACCUUUUUCAAUUCAGUGCCAUCUAGAUAUGUUGUACUACAAAAUCCAGCAUCCCCUUUUGUAGGGAAGGCUAUAGUAAUAUGCUGUGUGCUACAUCUUCUGUAGCCAUAAAAAAACCCACUUCAUCAUACCAUUAUGUUAUUUACUGAUUAUUUUCUUUCUACUGAAACUCUUGUUGAUGGACUACAGCUUCACACAAGCAUAUACUUGACAGAUUUCUAUCUUGCCUUUUAAAACAACAGCUGUUAAUAAUAGUAAUUACAUAACAGUAAUUUAAGACAUAAAAUAAAGGACCAAUAAAAUGCAAAACAAAAAAGGCAAGUAAAAUAUCAACAUAAUCUCUAAAAUCUACUCAGCAAUGCUUUAAUAGAUAUGCUCAUACGCACAAAAUAUACAGUAUUAUCUUGUCUAAUGUUUUGCUUCACCACUAGAAUUUGCUUGGCUGGUAUCGUUACAAAACAACUUCCAAUUAGUAAAUGCACAAAGCACCUAAGAUGUAAACACAAGCUUAGGUUUCCCAUUUAUAUCCUCCAAGACUUCCCCUCUGGGUUAUUGCCUUGAGCACUGAAAAUCUGAAAAUUCUUCUCAAAUCUGUGGAUUAUACCCAUUGAUUUGUGACUACCAUACAUUGCUGGAGAAGGGAAGUGAAAAUCAAUAGGCAGAAGAGAUCAAGACGUAUUUUCAUUGCCUGUGCCUACAGCAAAGAUUUGUUCCCAAGCCACAUUGAUUGUCCUAAAAUAUGAAUAUUGAUGCCCACCGAGUUGGUCUCCUUGGGUACUAACCAAAUGAACAGUGUUUUCAGUAGCAUUACCAAACAGGACUGUUCAAAAUUAGAUGUAGUCCUUUCUUUGCAGUGCUUAAGGCUUCGGCACUGAUCCUGUUAAUUGUUCAGAAAAGUCAUUCAGAGUUCCUGAUUACAAUCCAAUAUAUAAUUAGACUUCCAAAUCAGUUUAUCAUGGUUGACUUUAUUGAAAUACCUGGAAACAUAUUCCAAGAAAGAAUCCCAUUCAUAUAGUCAAAAAAGAUUUUAGUUCAGCUUUAUUCCAUUUUUAAAGAAGUGAUGCUUUGCUUGGUGCUAAAUUUGAACCAAGUUCCCAAUUUAAACUAAACUUGACAAUCUUAACAAGCCAGAUUUCACCAAUGGAUCAUAAAUUUGUCUUCUAAGGCUAACCCAGGGGUCAGUAAUUUUUUCAAAGCAUGGAAUGGCCUCAGAAGUUUGCUGCAAAACUAAACGCCUGCUGUGCUAUUAAUUUUUUAAACAUCAAUAAACCAAAUCAAAGUGUCAAAUAUAUGAAAUAAAUAGCCUAUUGAACAAGUGAGUUCUUUUGACUAUGCAGGAGUGGUUUUUACCAGCACUGGGUCAUGGUUAAAUAGUUUGAAAAGAAACCCAGCAAGGGCUGAGGUAAGUUCUAAAUAUUAUACGAAUUAUUUAACUAUGGUUACCCAGUACCUUAACCACUAUAAUGAAAGUAUGUAGG